AUGCUGGCUCGAACUCUUCUCCAGACCUCCCUGGUUCUCUGGCUGGCUCAGCAAACUCUGCAAGGCGGGGUUAAACCUCAGAGUGUAUCCUGGGGGAGAGUGCUGCCAGCCAGAGGUGUUGGCGUUGGAGUAAAACCUGGAGUUGCAGGCGCCCUCGGAGCACUGGGAAGCAGAUAUGGCAGCAAAGCAAUGAAGACUGGAAAUGGCCGUUAUCCAGGGGCUCAGCUUGGUGUUGGGGGUUACAGAUCUCUUGGAUUAGGAGGUAGAGCCGGCCUGAAGCAAGGUGCAUAUGGAGCCCAGGGACCCUAUGGUGCCAGUCUGGGCACAGGAAUGCCGCUGGGGACUGGACUUACAAAUGGAAUGGGACUGGGCUUAGGCCAAGCAGGGAAACAUGCUUACGGUGCCGGCCUUGGCACUCUGCCAGGAUACGGGGCUUUACCUGGCAAUGGUUACCCUGGAGCCCGAUCAGGACCUGGACUUUGGUAUCCCACUGGGCAGAGGGCUGAGCAACAGAUACCCGGUGUGUCUGCAGCAGAUUUGGGUGGACCUGAGCUGGCCGCACGGGGAGGAGAAAGUUAUGAGCCUAUGGUUUUGAAAAGAAAGAGCACCACAGGCCGUGGAGCCACACUGGCAGCUGGAGGAGUAAGACAGCAGCUGCCUCUUAAAAAAGACAUUAGAAGCCUGAGCUCUGCUUCCUCUCGGGGAACCAGAAACUAUUUAUCUGCUGCAGCAGACAGGCAGGGUGUCAGAGACCUUGGGCUUGUGACUAAAGGCACAAAUGGGCUUAGAAUCCAUGGGACUGUUGCUGUAGAAAACCGUAGUCAUGGUUCUCUAAAUCUUCAAGUACAAGGAAGGGGGAGCCGUGGACCGGUAAUCCCACAUGCAAGUGGAACCCAAAGUUUAGGCAUCGCCUCAGUAGAGGGGCAGGAAGCUAAAGGCUUUACUGCUGGUAGUCAGGAAGCAAAGCGCAUUUAUCAUGAUGCCAAAGAGCCAAAAGCUCUCAGUGUCCCAAGGCAGACUGAGAGGAGUAACCGGGCAACAUGUUAUCUUGGUGGAGCAGGAAACCAUUUGGGAGCAGGCCUGGGCCCUGGGGGCUAUGGAGCAGGUUUGGGACAGGGAGCAUACCUGGGCGGUGCAGCUGGCAAACUUGGAGGCUACGGUGAGGGAGCGACAGGAUACUUGGGAGCUGGAGCAGGCAACGGCUACGGGUACGGGAAUGGUUACAGCGAUGGUUACGGAGCCGGGCUUGGUUACCCUGCAGAGUUAGCUGAUGGUGCUGAGAACAAAGCAGGAAAGAGUCAAGUUUUUGCAGCCCUCGGUGCAGGAGGCUACGCCGGACAGGUCCAAGGGGCAUAUGGAGCCCUUGGUGCAGGACUGGAAUCAACUGGUGGCAAAUAUGGAGGAGGAGCUGCUCAGGUUCCUUACGGUAAUGCUCCAGGGAUUCCUGCCGGACUGGAAGGUGAUGGGGGCUACCCAUACGCAGCUCAACAGCUUGGCCUCGGUGCUGAAGGCGCCAAAACCUCCAACAAAUAUGGAGCUGGGGCAGGAUACGGAGCUCAGCAAACAGGUUAUGGUGCUCAGCUGGGAGCAACUCAAGAUGCCUUGGGAGAGCAGGCCGGCAAAUUUGGUGGAGUGAAUGGUGCCCUUGGAAAUGGGUACAAAGGCUAAUUCAAAUGACCUGAACUUCUUCAAGUGGAUCAUUUUCCAAAAUGUGUUCACUGUAAUGUGUUCUUUUUGUGUAUGUGUGUUUCGCUCCAUUUUGUCCUGUUGUGUUGUCUAUUUUGUCUUUUGUUUUAUUUUUCUUACCCAACCCCACCCCCUUGUCUUCCUCUGUAAGUGGACAUUUGUUCCCCAUGUGGGGUGGUCUCAUUGGUCCAAACUCUGCAGCGUCCCUCCUGUCUUAUUCUGUUGAUAUUGAAAAAUUGAUGGCGAACAUAAACAUGAUGAUAAGUGCAAGAAAAUUGUGCCUGUGUUUUUACGAAUGAAUUAUUUACUGUUUUAAUCCAAUAAAUUAUACGUCAAGUGAUG